AAACAACAUCUGAGGUUAAAGUUCACGAUGCCCUUCUCAGAUUCAAAGAUGGCGAAAAUUCAGCGUGGGAAUUCAGGCGCCCCAAAUGGUAAACAAAAAAGUAAGAAAAUGGCAGAAAAUACACAUUUAGGAAUCGCUUCCAGUGAAGAGGAUGACGAUGAGGCUCCCGAAGAGGUGACAUUCGAAGAUUCUAAAGCGGCGGCAUUACGGAGUAUGAGAGAAGCCAUUGAUACAGCAAGAAGAGAAAAAGAAUUACUGAAGGAAAAGCGAAGAAAGAGGCAGGAACUGUUCCAGGAACAAAAGCAGAAAAGAAAGCUUCUCCCUGAUGACAUCCUGGAGGAAAUAGACUCUACUGUACCAAAGAAGCCCAAGGUAUCCAAACCUCAAGUUGAAAAAGCAGGUGAUAGAGAGGAGGGGAGCUCCUCUGGAGUUGAGGAGAGCGAGGGAUCAGAUGCAGAUGAGGUAGAACAAAAGGGGGAGGAGGAGAAGAAGGAGAAGAAGAAGAAGAAGAGGCGAAAGAGACGGAGUUUGAAGGGGAACUGUAGCGUUAUGAGACUGAAGGACCAGUCUCUAUCCAGCAAGCAGCAGCAGAGCGCCCUCGAUUUCAUCCAGUCCCGUCUGUACGGCCCGGGAGCCAACAGAACCACAGUAAAUCAGCUCCUUUCACUGGAAAACAAGAGGGCCUUGAACAAAAGCGCAGCCGUGCAGUUUGUGGACAAGCAGUGGGGUGCAGAGAAGAAAGAGGAGGCAGAGAAGUUCAAAAAGAGGUGGAAGAACAAGCAGGGGGUGGGGCAGAGCUGAGGGCAGGGCCACGGCCACUGCAGGAAUGACCAAUCAGAUCAAACUGCAGCUAUGUUCCAAAAUGGACCAAUAAGACCAUGCAGUUAAACUAUUGGAGAGAUUUUUCUGUUCCUUUUUUUGUUUUGUUUUGUUUUGUAAAGCAUAAAUUAAGUUUUCCUCAAACCAUGUUUUGUACUAUAACAGGGUUUUUGAAGAGGUGUCAUUUAGUUUCGUACAGAUUUCCUUUACAUGCUGAAUAAAAUUUGUGCGCGCACUAAUCAUAA